UGUCAUUUCUCCUGAAAGAACGAAGAAUUCUAGAUUCUGCCGCUGCUGCGAUAAGCAGCUUAUCAGUUUCUCGAGUUCUUCCUUCACGAUCACGUCCCCCUUGAGGCCCAAUGUCCGACUUUCUCAAGAAGAAAAGGAGGUCGAGGUCGUACUCUUCUAUAAGUGCACCAUUGGAUUUUAGAUGUAUAUCACAUGUUGACGAAAAUAGCACAUUGCGCGACGCCCUGUAUGUGAUGAGCAAUGGCAAGAAUUUGGGAGAUCAUUGCGCAGUUCCUGUAACGACAAGCUAUUUUACGCAAGGAAAAAGUUCCCAACCAAGAGAAGCUCUAGAAGCUGAAGGAGCGAGAGUCAGUUUCGAUUUUGGAGGCCAGUGCGUCCCAUUAACGGCUAAUUCACAGGAUUAUGUUGCAUACGCAAAUGUUCCAUUCAUGUGUGCUCCGAGUAUUUCAAGCAACUAUGGAAAUUCUUCGCCUCAGUUGAUACGACGCAAAGUUGUUAGCACACAAGGACUUUAUGCGAUGCAAGAUGGUGCAAGCUAUACGCCAUGGAUAAGUCAUGCUAGAAGCAACAGUUCAAUAAUCGCUGCCCAACCACGGAUGAGUCCUGCAGGAACGAUUUCUCAUUCGGAUGGUGGUUCUCCAUGGUUGAAUCGCGCAGGUACAAUUGAACAAUCGGAUACCUGCUACCGAUGGAUGAAUCCUGCCGGAACAAACAAUCUAGCAAGCGCUGGCGGUUCGCAAAUAAGUCCUGUGGAAACAUUCGGGCAAGCAAAUGCCGGCUACCCGCGGAUGAACCACGCUGAAUCAAACAAUUCAUUAGGCAGACAACAUCGGCCACUGCAGCGCACGCGGUCAAAAUCGUUUUCUCAGAUAGGAGAAGCGGUUGGUCAUGAUUGCUCUUGUACAGUGUGCAAGGAGCGCGUCAUCACAAACAAAUUGUACUUCCCAGUUUCAACGCUGCGACUCCGAGAUAAGAACAUGCUCAAGAAAGAGCAAAAAGCAAGCGCUGGAGAAGGCAAAUUACCAUCCAGCAAAGAUGUGAUGCCAAACGGUGUUGCCUUUAGGAAUACCACCAAAGAAGUGCCUAGCCCUCCGCCUCGUGGAAUAUUUAGAGCAGAGUCAAGAACUUCAAAAGAGCAUAAAGAGCUUGAAUAUUCCAUAAUCAAAAGCUGCAGCUACGGUAAUCUUUCUGCUGAUUACUUGGAGAUGACCACUUGCGAACAAAUCGCUCAAAAUAACGACAAAACCACUUGCGAACAAGUUGCUCAAAACAACGACAACGUUAUGCCUCCUGAAGAGGAUUCAGAAGAUGAAGAUUCUGGUAGAGUCAGCAUAACGAGCAUGACAGAAGACGAGGAAAUGACAAUCACGAGGCUGUAAUCUAGAGAAUCCUUAUUAUUUUUCAUUAUAUCGCUGUGAAUCGUGUUUUGCUAUAUAUUGAUUAUAUUGAUAUGCAGAUUUGCUUUUUGUCGGCAGCAGUAUUAGUGUGGAAGCACGCUGAUUCUACAUACAACCAUCAUCUCUAUCUCUGAAUCCCUUAGUUAGACCUCAUUAACUUAACCUUCAUGCUUGACCCUUUCCUUUGUGACUUACUACAUAUAGAAUAGGUCCGCAGCUGUAAUCGACGACUAACUAUCUCGAGCUAGUCAAAAUUCUCAACGUCUACUCCUUUGUAAUGCCGCGGAGCAAGCAAAGUAAACUUUUGUCGAUGUAAAGUUUUUUACUUUUCCUAUAUGGCUAUUUUUUUCAUAAAAGCACCACCCCAGUUCAUUGAUGGUAAUUGACGUUUUUUAUACACUUG